CACCGGUGUUUGUUUACAAUUGAGGCACGUGGGGAGGACCUUCGUGUUUUUCAUCUGUGUAUCAAUUUGCCGAUGUUAAUUGAGUGAUUGCAGUUCUCCGUCGUAUCUGAAUAGCUUAGCUACUUGACUUUCCAGUCAGGAUGGGGAAGCUAAAGGUGUCGAUGCUGAGGUACCUCAUGAGGGAUGACUUCCGAAUACUGACAGCAAUUGAAAUGGGCAUGAAGAACCAUGAACUUGUGCCCAUCACUCUCGUCACUCAGAUUGCCAACUUGCGUGGUGGUGGUGUGCACAGGAUGCUCAGGGAACUCUGCAAGCAUCGCCUCUGUGCAUAUGAACGAGGAAAACACUAUGAUGGAUACAGGUUGACAAACAUGGGUUAUGACUACUUGGCUCUGAAAGUGCUUUCGUCCCGAGAAGUCUUAGGCUCUGUAGGCAGCCAGAUUGGUGUUGGGAAAGAAUCUGAUAUUUAUGUCACCAGUGACCCAGCUGGAAAUCCACUCUGCAUGAAACUACAUAGGCUUGGGAGAACUUCCUUCCGCAAACUGAAGGAAAAGCGUGAUUAUCAUCAUCACAGGAAUAAGGCCUCUUGGAUCUACCUGUCUAGGCUGUCAGCCACCAAAGAGUUUGCUUACAUGAAGGCCCUCUAUGACAGAGGGUUCCCAGUACCAAGACCAGUGGAUUGCAAUAGACACUGUGUGAUUAUGGAGAUUGUGAAUGGUUAUCCACUGUGCAACGUGCAUGAUGUAAAAGACGUCCCUCAGCUCUACAGCGAUCUGAUGGACCUGAUCGUGAAGCUGGCCAACCAUGGUGUCAUUCACGGCGAUUUCAACGAGUUCAACAUCAUGGUGGACAAUGACGACAAGCCUGUGCUGAUUGAUUUCCCUCAGAUGGUGUCAACUGACCACGAAAAUGCCAAGAUGUAUUUUGACCGUGAUGUGAACUGUGUGCGUGAAUUUUUCAAGAGAAGAUUUAGCUAUGAGAGUGAGCUGUAUCCUGACUUUGAGGGAGAUGUUGUGAGGGAAGAUAAUCUGGAUAAAGAGGUGUCUGUGAGCGGAUUUUCGAAAGAGAUUCAAGAGUUUAAUGAACAUUUCAAGGUUGGGAAAGAUUUUGACACAGUUGAAGACAACUCUCAGAGCGAUGAGGAUGAAGAAGAAGAAGAAGAAGAAGGUGAGGAUGACAACGAUGAUAAUGAUGGAAGUGGUGAAGAAGAUGAGAUCCCAUCCCUUGAACAACAGGAAGCCUCUAAGGUGCAAGACCAGACUGAGACAACAGGCCUUAAAAAAGAGGAACUUGCCAGGUUGCAGGAUGAGAUAGACAUAUUGUGCAAGGAGCUAAAUAUAGAGAGAACCGUGCAAAACAGUGAAAAUGAUGAGGUAAUGGAUAUAAUUGUAAAAGAGUUAAAUAAGGGCAAGGAAAAAGAGAAAGAAUUAAGUGAGGAGCACGCCAGACGAAAGAAGGGAAAGGAUGCAAGGCUGCUCUUCAUAAAGCAAUUGGCCAAAGCCAGAGAGUUACGUCAGCACUAUGAAGAAAAUGGAGAAGAAGCCCCACCACUUGAAGACCUGAUAGAUGAGUCAAUAAGUGACGUACACAGUGUCUGCAGCUUUUCAACAACAGCAAGCACCAUAGAGCCAGAGGAGGUUAAACGGCGAAUGCAGAAGGAUCUUACAAGACGGGAAAAGAAGCAGGUUUCCAAAAAGAAUUUGAGGGUGAAGGGGGAAGCAAAUGCAUACAGGAGAUCCAAACUGGCAAAUGAAGCCACAAUCAAAGAGUCAGUGGGAUGGGAUGAGUAUUAAAUGAAUUAUAAGUUUAAAAUAAACUAUACUGCACAAAA